CGAGAUACGAGAUAAAUUUGGAGUUGCCAUUUCAUUCUCGUUGACGAAGGCUCAUGGCCAGCCCGCUGGCAGCGGUCGUCCACGGCCUCCUCGCGGCAGGAACCUGCGUCCUCCUCUACUUUGCGCUCAAGUAUGCCAAGAAGUACUACUUCAUGGUGGCCUUCCUCUUGCCGCCGUUUGUGAGCUUUUGCAUGAUCUACGAAAACAUUGUGCGCGCCGCGACCAACCUCGACGGCGCCGAUGCCAGCGACGGCGGCGACUUUGACAAGAGCCUCACGAGCGUCCAAGUGAUGCUCGCACUCCAAGCGUGCAUCAUUCCGUUCAUGCUGCUCAUUUGCUUCGAGGUCACGUACCUCGUGCAUAAGAACAAGAGCGUCAAUUUUUGUGGCAUCUCGUUCGAGUCGGGCCACCGCGCGAACCGCAACAACUUCAAAACGACCUUUCUGCGCUUCGCCGUCUGGCUCGUCGGUCUCUCGCUCUUGCUCAUCAACCUCUACGUGUACUACAGCUAUUUCCAGGACAUUACGUUUCAGGAAGGGAGCUAUUUUAUCAACGGCGACGGGACCGUGGCCACGGUGCUGACGCAAAUUCCGGCCUACGUGCUCGUGAUCCUCUCGCUCUACAUGGGUCUCCGCCUCUGGAACUAUGGCUGCAACUACGCCUUUGUGAUCCAUGCCACGUGCUUCAACCCGUGGAUCUGGAUGGUCGUCGGGGCGGUCGCGCUCGCCGUCGGGUACAUCAUCCCCGGCACACUCUUUGCCAUCACGUCCAACAUUGGCGAGUUCAUCAUGCUCGCGGCCAUCAUCCGCAUGUUCAAAGAGGUGCACCACGACCUGCAGGUCGCCGACGAGUUUGGCCGCACCAUGGACCGGUCCUUGCCGUCCGCCAUGAUCGUCGUACCGCGCGACAACAUGGCCAACAGCCACGCGACCAUCUCGACGCCGAUCUCGUCGUACGCACCGAUGACGUCGCCGCCCAGCACAAGCGCCGCGAGGUCCGACGACGACGACUCGGACGGCGCGCGGCUGACCGAUGCCAACACAAACGCGUAUUUUUCCAGCAUUCUGGCGCGCACCAAAGGCGAUCAAUUGCGCUGGGACGUCCCGCCGCCAAGCAUUGCGCUCGAGCCCGUCCGGCUCCGAAAGCCGCAGCUGACGUCGCCGCCGAGCGACCACAGCACAAGUACGCCAAAGCCCGUGCCAGCGUUCAACGCCUCAUUCCCGCCCGUGCUCGAGGCCAACGACAACGACGCGUGGGUGAUACUGGCCGACGAGACGCCUCGCCCGGACUUUGAUGCGAGCGCAUGGGCCAUGGACCCGCCGCGGUCGCGCCGCGAGAGCUACACGGCCAGCGAGACGCGCACGGCCGACGACGAACAGGCGGGCGUUGACGCCGACGAGGCGUUCCAAACCGCAGAAAUGCAUGCGCCCGACGAGCGCUCCAUCGCGUCGGACGCGCCCACCGAGUCGUCCGAGACGCCACUUCACAGCGCGAUGCAGGCGAUGGCAUCCAGCUUCUCCGAAAUGCCACCAAUGCGUCAACGGGAUUACGCCGCCGACGACGACAUGGACGUCGACUGGAUGCAACAGCUCGGCGCGUCCUUGGACUUUGACGACGAUGAGGGUGUUCAUGCGGCACUGGACGACAUCCCGCUGAAUACGCCGCCGCCGCUCGUAGUCUCCAUAGACAACGACCACGCAGCGCUCUAAGAAUCAAUCGAAGCAUCUGAUAACUUAUCCGAGA